CUGAAUGAUUGUUAUUUAUCUAUAUUGGUGUAAUUACUAGAUUAUUGUUUACUGGUAGAGAUUUAAAAAAAAAUUAACAUUUUCCCUACGUGUUUUCAUAGUUAACCCUUCAUGCAAUAUAUUCACCUCACUGAUUGGUCAGAUCAUUAUUUACAUGAUCGGAAGGCCUCGGGAACCAGGUUACAAAGAAUUUCGAGGAGUUCCGGUUGAUAUUUUUCGCUAUAAAAAGCGGGAAUGAACAUCGUGGAUCUCGAGAACAUCCAGGAACCCCCGAAGAAGAAGAUCUUUGCCAUGCCAGUGGACUCGGUCAUCCUAAAGUUCGCCAAGCUCUCCAAAAGUGCCUUUUCUCCAACAAGGGGGUCAAAGCUUGCUGCGGGAUAUGACUUGUAUAGUGCAUAUGAUUAUGUAAUUCCUGCAAAAGGGAAACUAAUCGCCAAAACAGAUAUACAGAUAGCCUUGCCUGAUGGAUGCUAUGGGCGAGUUGCACCCAGAUCAGGUCUUGCAGUGAAAAAUUUCAUUGAUGUGGGAGCUGGUGUGAUAGAUCAGGACUACAGGGGAAAUGUGGGAGUUGUCAUGUUUAAUUUCGGAACCCAAGAUUUUGAAGUGAAGAAAGGCGACAGAAUAGCUCAGCUCAUUUGUGAGAGAAUCUAUAUCCCAGAUCUACAAGAGUGUGAAGAAUUGGACAACACUGUCCGAGGUGAUGGAGGAUUCGGGUCCACUGGAAAGAACUGAUGCCGUGACGUGGGGGAAAGAGCUAGCAUUACACUGUCAAUGAUCAUGAUAGAGUUGGAAAACAUCAGGAUGAGGCAGACAUGGCAAAGAAAUGAGUGACGGUGUAAAUGCUGACUAGCAACAGGAGUUUCCUGUGUAUGAGCUGGACACGAGUGGUGAAUGGAUCGAGAUUUUUGCAUUUAAUACCGCAUAUUUAAGUAAUUCUGUCAGAAAUAGUUUGAGGAUUUCUAUUCUAAAAAAUGUUUAAAAAAGUUUGGCACUUUUGAUUUUAGGUGGUAUUUUAAGUGAUAUUUUUUUAAUUUUUAUUUUGGUGUGAAAGUUGUCAUCUGUCAAAGCCGGUAUUUUCAAUAUGCCUAAUUUAUCCUGAUAUACGCUAUUUCAUGUGUAAAUUCGCUUUCAUUAAUGAAUCAAAUAUUGCUGAUGGAACUUUAUCUUGGCCUACUUUCAAAGUAUUUCAUAUUUACAUGUGUUGGAUAGGAAUAUUUUUUCGUCUACCUCGUAUUCAUUUUGUUAAAACUUGUACUAAAUACUCAGUCUUAUGUAAAGUAGUGUCCCAACACUCAUUACUAACAAUGCAAUUUGUCAUUGAUUUUUUUCAGUCAUUUUUUAAAUAAAUAUUUCUCAAUUUAUAACCGUACUCGGGAUAGCUUUGUUAAUUUUUGAAAAGUUUUUCAAGAAACAUAAAGCGAAUAUUCACUUUUAUCGUUCAAAUGUAUUAGUUAUAAAAGCAUAAAUAUAAAGUUGGUCCAAACCGAAGCUCUUUGGAAUGAUAAAGUCUGAAAAUAGCAAAUUGUCAAUACCGAAAAUGGAGGUCAUUUAUAACAAAUUAGUUUUACAUUUUGGGUCCAAGUAAGAUUUUAGUUUCAUCAGGAUUCUUUACCAAGUAUUAGCUAUAAAGUUUAUUGAUAAAUUUUGGUAGGAUCUUAAAAAGUAUCUUUAAAACACGAUAUUUAAAACUUUACAAUGCAAUAGAAAGUGUCCCUAUGGAAAGUAAACGAAGAUUUUGGAACCAGUUGUAUUCAUUUCUGAAUGAAAUCGCCCCUUGUGUUCAGUUUAUUUGUAGAUUUUUUAAACAAAACUUUGUAGUUGAUAUUGUACAUUGUAGCUUUUAGUCAUUUUUAAGUUGGGGUUAACGGUUUGUAAUCGAUUUGCAUGAAUAUUGAAACAAGACUAAACUCAAAAUUCAUUGACUUGAAAACUGUAGUUUAGUUAAAGUACAUUAAUGCCAGACUUUUGAUUCUUUUGUGGUUUAUGGUGUGUAUUCAAAUUUUUUCUUUUUGAAACUUGUUUUUAUGUACUUUAUGUACAAAACAAUUUCAAAAUCAUGUAAAAAGUGUUAACCAUAGUUCAUUGUAGCUUAUCAAUUAACUUUUGGUUUGUAUAUUAAUUUUGAAACUUGUUUUCGUGUACGAAACAAUUUCGCAACUCAUGUACAAAGUGUCAGUAACUCUAUCAAUUUCAUUAACCUAGCCGUAUUCUACAGAUUGUACUUUUUAGUGAAUUUUUAAAACCUUUUUUGAUUAAUGGUUUGAGGUUUGUGGUUUGUUUUUUCAUAAAUGUUGAAAAUUGUUUUCAUAUAUGAAACAUUUUCUAUGCAGGUAAUUUAAGUGUCUAAUUUCAUUGUAAAACGUAGUACAUAGAUUUUGUAGCUUAUAGUAAUUGUUUGGUUUUUUUUUUUUAACUUGGGUGUUGUGUUUUUUCAUUGUUUGAUUUUCAUUAAUUAUGUUUAAUUGGUUUUUGUGUGAUUUCUUUUUUUCUUUUUUUUUGAAUGUUUUUUAUGAAACAUUUUCUAUGCAGAUAAAGUGUCUAAAAAGUCAAUUUCAUUGAUGUAAAAUGUAAUAUAGAUUUUGUAGCUGAUAGUAAUGGUGUGGGUUUUUUUAACUUGGGUGUUUGGUUUGUGUUUGAUUUUCAUUAAUUGUUUGAUUUUCAUUAAUUAUGUUUAAUUGUUUCUCGGAAACAAUUUCCAAUCGACUUGAAUAGUGUCUAGUCUCUUUCAGUGGCUUGAAACGGACGUAAAACGUAGUAAUAGAUUUUGGUUAGGGUGGUUUGUGGUGGGUGGUUUGUGAUAUGUACUAUUUUUUUAAUUGUGGUUUUGAUUUGUAUUUGAUUUUUAAUUUUUUUUUUUUUUGGAAUUUGUUUUCAUUUAUGAAACAUUUUCACAUUACACAUGGGAAGUGCCUAAUGAUUAGUCUAGUAGAAAUAAAACCAUAUUAAUCAAG